UGGCCCAGUGGCGGGUUCGUCUGAAUUGGGAGGCGGAGGAAGGAAGGCAGAGGACGGGCGGAGCGGCCAGGGGAGCGAAGAAUCCCGGCUGGGCCAGGCCUUCGAGUGGGCCUAGCGGCGGCUCGAUUAAGGACUCGAAGGCAAGAUCGAUCUUCGUUAACUUUCGAGCAGGGAAGGCAGUUGUUGGAGGCAAGAGGCCGUCGAGAAUCGAACGUCUCCCUUUGGGCCUCCCUCGCGGGGUUAGAAGAAGAGACUUGGGGACAAAAAGGAAUAUUGGAUACUUUGUACCAUGGCUAUGCAAAUGCAGUGUGAUGAGAGCAUAGAUAUAUCAACAGAGGAGGAAAGCUUUGGUCCUCAACCUAUUUCCCGUUUAGAGCAAUGCGGAAUAAAUGCAAAUGAUGUGAAGAAAUUGGAAGAAGCUGGUUUUCACACUGUUGAAGCUGUUGCCUAUGCACCAAAGAAGGAAUUGCUCAGUAUUAAAGGCAUCAGUGAAGCUAAAGCAGACAAAAUCCUGGCUGAAGCAGCGAAGUUGGUUCCAAUGGGAUUCACCACAGCUACAGAGUUUCAUCAACGGCGCUCAGAGAUAAUUCAAAUUACCACUGGAUCUAAAGAACUUGACAAGCUCCUUCAAGGUGGAAUAGAAACUGGGUCAAUAACAGAGAUGUUUGGAGAAUUCCGCACAGGAAAAACUCAGUUAUGUCACAUGCUGGCUGUAACGUGUCAGCUCCCUAUUGAUCGAGGUGGCGGUGAAGGGAAGGCCAUGUACAUAGACACAGAAGGCACUUUCCGUCCAGAGCGUUUGCUAGCUGUGGCUGAGAGAUACGGUUUAUCUGGUAGUGAUGUACUUGAUAAUGUGGCUUAUGCUCGAGGAUUUAACACAGACCAUCAAACCCAGCUCCUCUAUCAAGCAUCUGCUAUGAUGACUGAAUCAAGAUAUGCUCUGCUGAUAGUGGACAGUGCCACAGCUCUUUACCGGACAGACUACUCUGGCCGAGGUGAACUAUCGGCCAGACAGAUGCAUUUAGCCAGAUUUCUGCGCAUGUUGCUUCGACUUGCAGAUGAGUUUGGUGUAGCAGUUGUGAUCACAAACCAGGUGGUAGCACAAGUAGAUGGAGCUGCGAUGUUUGCAGCAGAUCCCAAGAAACCUAUUGGAGGGAAUAUUAUUGCACAUGCUUCCACAACCAGGCUGUACUUGAGAAAAGGUCGGGGUGAAACUAGGAUAUGCAAGAUAUAUGACUCGCCUUGCCUCCCUGAAGCCGAAGCGAUGUUUGCUAUUAAUGCUGACGGAAUAGGAGACGCUAAAGACUGAAGAACUCCAUCUCUUAAUUUAUGGUGCAAGAUUGGUCCAAAGAGGUGUUUCUUUCCAUAUGAUCCUGUUCUUCAUGAGACUUCCACUAUAGCUUGUGUGACUACCAGAAGAAACAAUCCUAAAUUAAGCAAACUCUAACUCCUCCUGUUAUUGUGGCUAAGCUACAGAAGACUCCUUGACUUUCUAAAACCUGGUAACUUACUAAGAUCUUUUUGUUGUUUAGUGCAGCAGAAUAGUGACAAUUUUGAGAAACAACAUUUACAGAAUUUAUGCAAAGUUUAUGAAUGUAUCAAGUGUGAAACAUUAAACACUUCCUGAUUUUUUAUGAUUGAAGCCAAAAUAAAAUGGAAGAAAUCUGUUCAGUAAAGGAGCUAUAUAAUAAAAUUAAAGCAACAUCUGUUAAAUGGCUAGCAGAAAAUGUUCUUAAACUUAUAUCUUUUUCAAGGACAAACUACAGGUUAAAACUGUAUCUAUAUAUAUAUUUGCACAGCUGUAAAUUGAAAUGUAUCAGCUAAGAAGAGCUAGGUAUUGUGCUGUUAUAAGCAAAGGCUGUAAACAUUUUAAAGAUACGUUCUAUGUCUGUCUUCCACUUGUAAAUAUUUCCAUGAAAAAUUGAUUUAAUUAAAGUGAAUCAUACUAUGAA